AUGGACGGCUCGGCUAACUACUUCAACUCUCUCUUCCUCAUUUGUUUUGCGGCCCUGCCCUGUUGUGAUAUCGAUUGUGCGAGGCUCGCCAUGCGUGUCCUCUUCAACGACAUUCCCGAUCUCCAGAACUGCUUCCUCAUCUGCUCCCCUGGAAUACCUCUCAACGAACCUCUGAUAACGGUCUUCCAUCCACUAGCAUGCAAUUUCAACACCAAUCGUGAGAAGUGGCGAGGAUUCGUGGCUGUGAGGGAGCAACAUGCAAAGUUGUUGCACGUCAGAGAAGCCAGAGUGGAAGACAACGACGACCUCAUCCCACUCUUCAAUGAAAGGAGUAGCACUUUGAGGAAAACAUUUGGAGAAUAUUUCAUUGCGGAGUUCGUGAAGAUGCAAUCUGAAACCAUGAAGUGCAUUGUAGCCGAUGUGGAGGGCGUUGCGGUUGGAUUCAUGUCCGUCAAUGCAAACUUCGACCCUGAGGUGACGAAAUAUUUUGAACUGACAUCCUUCAACGAACUAAGGGAACCUCAUCCAGAUGAUGUUUUUUACAACAGAAAUCCUAAUGAUUUCGAUCAGAAUAAUCAGUCUGCCUACAACUCCGACUCCGGCCCCUCAAAAAAUUUCAACUCCGUGUUCCGACUCCCAGAAAAAAUUUCUAAAUUUUGCAUUAUAAGUUCUCUUUAUAGUUUACAGCAAAUAGUAAAUACUUCAAUAAACAUUGAGAAUCAGUCAAUUGCAAUUUCAGCCGCUAUUGACAGUCAAAAGAGCAACCUGGCUCUUUCCAAAUUUGAAAACACGACCGACAUGAAGAUGACGCAGAACAACACGUCACUCUACUUGUUCUCCAUGCUUUCUCAGAAGGCACAUUUUAAAGGAACUUUUUAUGGAAAGCAUUCCUGUGUCUGUAUAGAACUGUUUGCUAUUGAUCCGAAAUUUUCGCAAAGAUCAUGCGACUUCCUCUUGAAAAUAUUCGAAAUGUUUCCACACGUGAAGUACUGCAUCAUAUCAGUCCCACACCUCGUACCAGAGUUCUCACUUCUCCAGAGGUUCUCCAGAGUAACUCCACUACUGACGAAGCACAUCCCACACGAGUUGUACGUUUUCUGCUCGGCUGGCAUCUUGGACUCCCUGAUAAUCCGUCAGUACGUGGCUCAGGAUAAGGAGCCCAUCGAACAGAUGGUCGUCAACCUGAAGAACUGCCAUGAGAUGCUGAGUGAUCUCGAGCAGUUUGUUAACUACGGGGUUGAUGAGGAACGCAACGAAAUGUCAGUGUUCGUAGCUGAAGUCGAGCAGCAGGUCAUAGGGUUUGCCAUAUUAAGGAAGGAAGAGAAUUUGGAGUACAUUUGUUCGCAUUACGAGUUGGAAAGCUUCAUCUACUACCACCAACACAGGAGGGGAGGUCACGCACAACUCAUGCAUUUCAUACUUAAUCCUAUUUUCAAUCAUUACUCAAAUUAUUUUCUCAGAGAGUUAAUGCGCCAGGCAAAUAAGACCUGCUUCUACUAUUAUUUCUACAACAACUCGAUGACGUCAAUAUCGACAGUAAUCAAGGACUUGAUCCCUAUCAAGGCGCGAAGACAGAUCCAGUACGACUUCGAACUUCUGAGCAGCAACGCUCCCUCAAAGAAGAUCACCUGCGAAAAACAACCAUUUGCAAUACUGCACGUCAAUCGAAAACUCGUGUUGGAGAGAAGAACCACAAUAAAUGCAAGAAUCGUUGUCGUCGGCGCUUCAGAUACUGCCAUUGCCUUCCUCGAAUCUCUCGUUUUCACACCUUACUUGCGGUUCAACAACUUGACCAUCGUAUCACCGAAUGGUCUGCCGGGGGAGCGAACCCCGGCCAACUUUAGACUCCUCCUCAUGGCUUACAAUAACUGCUACAAUUGGUCAUCUUUCUCAAAAAUGGGCUUAAAAAUCUGGGUGAACGUUGUGUAUGGCAAGAUGACCGCUAUCAACAGACAAAACAAGAUGUUGACGGUGAACCACAGGACUUACGUGCCCUACGACUACUUGAUUUUAUGCACGGGCACACAGUACCUCGUCACAUGCCCCAUUGAAAUGGACCCAGCAGGUGUUGCCAAAUCAUCAGCUCAUAUCAACACGCCACCUGGCAGGCAGUUUUUAGGACACAUGCCUCGUGCCAUCUUCACAAUCAACGAUCCUUCAGACGCCGACAAACUUAUAUGUUUCCUCAAUGAAAACUUCCUCGAGAAAGAUGACCGCUUGGUGGUGCACGGAAACACGUUGGAUGCCUACUGUUGCAUAAAUGGAUUGUUAUGCGUCGGUCUGAAACCCUCACAAAUUGUCUUCGCUAUCUCUCCCAAUGAAGAUGAGGUAAUCACGUGCUUCAACAAUGCGGACAUCGAUUGCAAAAUGAUGAGGACGUUGAACUCCAUACUUGGACUGACAGUCUGGAGGGAUGUCACCAUCACAAAGUGGAACACCGGCAGAACCAAACUCAGUCUGAACAGAGUGACCUUCAAAGACGGCAAAGGUCAAAGUUAUGAUGUCAAUUGUAAGGCAUUGGUACUGUUCAACUAUCGUGGCGUGGAUUACAAUGCAUUCGAGGCCAUCAACUGCUCAAGUCUCGUUUUCGAUCGCCGUAUGGUCAUUGAUGCCAACUUUAGAACAAACGAUCCUUCCAUCAGAGCAGCCGGACCGCUGACCAAGUACCAGCGAAUGUACUACAGCGAGGACUGGACGCAUAGUAACUACAAUGCCAAAGAAGUUGGAUAUCGCUUGGCCUCAACUAUGAUGCCCAUCUUCGAUCCGAACCAGAAUUUUGAGUCAACGACACCGUAUAACGACGCCGUCAAACUCAUUCCCGAGUUCACAUGGCCCAAAGUUCAAAGCGGGGUCCUGCCGGGCAUGUACAACUACUUGCACAUCCACAAGCCGCAACAACGUCAGCAGCCCAUGAAAGUGGAAGUAAAAAGUCCGGACCACGGCUACGAAUUACUAUCAGGAUCAGUGGACGACAAGCAGAUUGGGUACUUCAGGUUGCACGUUAACUGCCACAAACUCGUUCAGACCAUCACUUGCUUCACGAGAAAGGAAAUAAAAGCAGACAACCUGAUCUGCUUGUAUGGACUGCACCAUCGCUUCCUGAACAACUUGCUGGGCAGAUGGUUCGAAGGACUCAUCACUGAUCUCUACAGUUACUUCAGCCAGCCUUGGGCAAUGCUGUUAUAUCACGAUCGAUUCCCAUUACUGCGAGAGGAAGUCAGGGAAGUCAUAGUGAAUCAAUACAUAGACGUACGUAAAACUUUGAACGAAUUUAUCGAGAGAGUAAUGGACGACAAUUUUCUGAUGAUGGAGAAAGAUAAAAAGUUGCUUUCGAAGAAAUUCCAGGAGUCGGGCCUCGACAAGAUGACCAAAGAGAAACUGGCCAAGUUCAUAACACACAACCACCCGCAGUUGCCAAUGUAUAUCAGACCGAUUAGGGAAUGA